GGGCGGCACGUGGAGAAAGAAGAUGAACAGUGACACAAUCCUAUGUGUUGGAUGGAGAUCUAACGGCCCAAAAAUUCAACUGGCAACAAGUUUUUUCCUAGGUACCUUAUGAAUAUGAAGAGGACUUGUUUCAAAAACUCGCGAGCCAACUAAUCUUACUCAGCAAAAGAGAUCUGUGCAAGAUUUCAUAGUUUUCUGAAUUUCGAGAACAUACAUUACCAAAAGAAACAGAUACAUAUGAACAUAUCUGUAAAAUCGAUGGAGAAUAAUUAGUUAAUUCUACCAAGACAACACUUCCUACAAUGAUAAAGCAAUUUAUCAUUACGACGAUAAAGCAAAGCAAACACACGCCUUUUGCUUUCUCUAGCGUACACAGGAAACCAAGAAAAAAGCAGCAGCAGCAGGGCAAUGGCAGAUCUAUCUCGACUAUGAAUUCAAUCUGGUUUGUCUCGUUAGCAGCGAAAGCAAAUCGCACAACUUUUCAAAGGGUUCUCUUUCUUUGUCUUUAUAAUCCGGUCCCAGGGGUGAGGUGCUGUUCGUUUCUUUUUCAUUUUCUCUUUAAUUAUUACUUGCGUGUGAGGCGGCUGUGUACUUUUGAGAACGAUUCUCUUCUCCAGAUCAGUGACAUUCCAUAAUGGAAAAUGUAACAAGGCUCCUUGGUUCCGCAUGAACCACAUGACUUAAUAAUUUUUGUAGGGUGGACGGACGUUCCCUGCCUCCGGAUCGACAUCGCCCGGUUAGGACCAGCUGGUGGCUACUGAGCCCAGCCUUGCAGGCUCCGGUUUCCCAAUAGGAACGAACACAAGCGAGCUAGGAAAAUGAUGGGCAUCCAGGACAUCCGCGAUGUUGUGUCAUCCCUGUUCAUCAUGCUGAAUAAGGAGACAUUCGUCCUGUUUCGGAUCGAGUUUCUCGUGGUCCUGGUCACAGUGUUGUUUCUUGUGAUGUUCAUCAUAGACGUCUUUCGCCGUCACAUCCGCAACAUAUUCAUGAAAACCAUGUUUAGCAUCCUGGAUGCUAUCUCUGACUCUAUUGUCUUAUACCUGUUGGGGGCCAUGCAAACAGCCAAGUUCAAGAAUCACCUGUUCCCGGUCUGGGCCCUCGUGCUUGUUAGUUUCCGUUACAAUGUCGACUUCAUCUCUGGCUAUGGUGUUCAUGACCGCCAUGGGCGACGGUACAUGGAGUGGAGAAACGUGGUGAAACUUCUGGGAUCGGCCUUCUUGAUCUUGUGGCGCGGCUCAAGGUUCACGGUUCCACUUUGGUCGCUUUUGGCCCUGCAGAUACUGAGGAGCUGGUACAGAUUCUGUGAGCAUGGUCUGGCGCUCCGUUCUAUCUGGCAUGGCACAAGUUCAGAGGUCAUUUCAGAGUAUAUGCGUGCUGGCCCCCACACUAGGAACUGGAAACCAGAGGACUGCAACCCAGAGAAUAUGGAAGGAUACAAAUACUUGGUCCUAGGAGAAACCAAUCAGGGAAUCAGACUCAAGAAGCCUCUGUAUGUCUUGUACAUCCAUACUGCCCAGUCCGUCAAGCAAGCUGAGCGUGGUUUUUCAUCACUGGUCACCCUAGACAAGAUCUGGGGAUGUCGCAGGCACCUAUUACACCCAGACAACAAAGAGGGGAAUGACCCAAAGGAUCUCUGUUUGGCCUUCGCCUUGUCCAGGCUGCUCCGGUGCAGGCUCGAGGAUGUGACACUGCAAGAAGAAAUCUUUUGCAUCAACCGGAAGCUGGUUAAGACCAAGAUCAUUGAGGAGCAAGACACCAACCGCGCCUUCAGGGUCAUGGAGCUGCAACUCUCCUUCGUAAAUGACUACUUCAACACCCACUACCCUAUGGUCUUCUGGAGUGGUUACUUAUCUCUAUUUUCAAAUCUGCUCCUCUCCGUGGUGACCUUCGGUGUUGUCUGCUGGCUUGCUGUGGACAUCCGUAAGGUCUAUAAGCCUCCGAAGGAUGAUCGGGCUCAUGUGGUGCAUGGGUUGAAUGUUGACAUGAUCAUCACCUGGGUAUUCAUGUUUUUUAUGCUGUUCAAAGAGAUCUGGGAGAUGGUCAGCUACUUGGUCUCAGACUGGACAAGAUUACUCCUUGUUUGCAGCUAUGCACAGUGGAAGGAAGAGCACACCAGAGAUAGACGUAUGGAGGGCGCAAUAUCAUCCUUUUUCAAAUCAAGGAUAACUAGUAAGCACUGGCAUGGACUUAUUGACCAGUACGUCUUUUUGGAGUCAUAUGAUGACAUUCCAAGAUGUUGGAAUGUGAUGCACCAAAUAAGCACAGGAAUGGUUCCAAAGAAGGGUGAUGGAGCAAAACUCCGCAGCGCCAUCAGUGUGCCAGAAUGUAUCAAGCCGGCAAUACUGAAGAAGCUCCGUGCAAGCCUAGAGAAGCUCAACACUUCUAACAAUCUACAUCAGCCCGACAAUACCAACAGAAAUCAGGAGGAGCCCACCAUUAGGAGUGGUAUUCUUCUGCCCAAGGUCGUCAGGUCACUGUCCCAAAGGAAGCAGUACAAUUGGGCCUGCUUCGACCUGCCCACAUGCUCUCACGUAAUUCUGGUGUGGCACAUUGCAACCAGCCUCUGUGAGAUUAAAUUUGCUAGAGACCAUGGCGUCGACUUAAGCAAACAUGGGUUCCUGAGCUCCCUCUCAUCGUACUUCACGGGUUGCUGCUCAUCGAAACCAUAUCUUGUGGAUGUGGAUGUGGAUGAGAUGACAAAAGAAAAGAAAGUUAAUGGGAAGUUGCCCGAUAAGCUCAAGGAAAUGUAUGUCACUGCAAAUAGCUUGUCUCGGUACUGUGCAUAUCUGCUAGUUUCUAAGCCUGACCUGAUCCCUGACAGCUUUUAUGUACCCAACAUGGUCUUACAAGAAACCGUGACACGCGCUCGUGAUGAUAUUCUUAAAAAAUGUGACUCAUUGCAGAGUAGAUAUGACAAACUGAUGGAAGUAGCAGAGAAGGCCAUCCAAGAUGGUGACGACAUCUUGAAGGAAGAUGUUGUGCGACUAGGUGCAAAGCUGGGCAAGGAACUGAUUGAUCAAGAGAGUAAAGAAGAAUGCUGGGAGAUCCUCUCCGAGGUAUGGGCGGAGUUACUAGUGCACAUUGCCCCCACUUGGAACGCAGAGGCGCACAAGCAGUGCCUCGAGUCAGGAGGGGAAUUCAUAACCUAUAUCUGGGCAUUGCUAUGGCACUGUGGAAUCGAGAAGAGCAAAUUAUGGCCAGUAGAAGAUGUGUAUGGAAAUGAUGUUGAAAAUAUGUCCUAGAGGCAAUAAUAUUGUAUUAUUUAUUUUCACGU